AUGAAGUUCACGGUCGCAUCUAUACUCGCCGCUGGCGCCACGACUGCCUGGGCCACACCCGUAGAUGGAGCUACCGCACUUCUCAACCGUGAUACAACGCUCGCAAACCAGACGCUCGCAGACUGGGUUGCUGACACCGCGCUCCCGCUCUUUUUCCCGAACCACACGGGUUGGGACACAUAUUACGAUCAGUUCUUCUCGCCGGAUCUGACGGCAACAUUCGGCAUCAAUUCGUACAACUUCACAACGCUCAAGGCGUACUGGACUGCGACGCAGAGCGCACUCGCGUCCCAGUUCGAGUUCUUUGCCGUCGAGAUCACCAAUCGUGUUGCUCUUGCGGCGCCAGGUGGUGUAGGUGGACAGGUCUUGCUGACUGGGAUGGAAUAUGGCGUUCUCCGAAGUACCGGCGAAGAGGUUGUCGGGACAAACGGCGCUUAUGGCGUCAUCGAAGAGGUUGACGGUCAGCGUCUCAUCACGGAGUGGCACGACUUCACAAACGCGGGCACCGACGGCACCGCAAGCGCAUAG